UGAUAGUAUUACAAUAUGGUGGAAUAACACUCAAGACUAUUCUAUUUCUACUAUACCAGUUCCUCCUAUUCAUUAUUACAUUAUUACUGUAUACAAUACAUCAAACAGUAUUAUAUACAACAGUAAUACCACUAAUACUAAUAUAACUAUCACUGGACUACCUCUUACUGAUACAAACUACACUGUUACUAUCAUUCCUGUUAAUGUUAUUGGAUAUGGACCAUCAGCUACUGUUAAUGUCAGUGUAACCAGUAUUACUCCUACAAUGACCAGUACUAGUUCAGUUACUAAUACUCCAUCAUCAGUUACAUUAACUGAUAUAAGUACCAGUACAUCAGUAAGAUAUACAUCAUCUACUUCAAGGUCUUCAACAAUUUAUGAACAAUCAUCUUCAUUCAUUUCAGCUACUGGUACAUCAGCUGGCAUUACUACUACUAUGAGUACGCUAUCAACAACAACUGUAUCAGCUACUGCUGGUGGUUCUAAUGCUGUUCCUAUUAUAUCAGGAGCUACUGGAACAGUAUUUGUUAUAAUAAUAAUUAUUAUUAUAUUGGUGUUAGUGAUACUGGCAAUCAAGAAACAAAGAAGACAAAAAUAUAAAAUAUCUAAAAAGGAAGCUUUUAGUAGUACUGAUGGAGCAGUUACUCCUACAUAUGAUGAGAUCAUUGUUAAACCAACUACUACUACUGGAGUACCAAUAUAUGAUACACCAAUGGAACUACAGGCUAAUACUGCUUAUGAUGUUAUUAAUAAAGAUAUAAUUAAUAUACACAAUAAUGAUGCAUAUGGACAAAUAAUGAUGUGAUAUAGUCUAUUUUGAUAUGAACUAUUUAAAGCUGUGUACUUACAUUUGUGUUACACACACAUUGCAUUUAAUGUUUAUAUGUGUAGCUAAUAGCAAAAA